AUGAACAGCAGCAAAAAUUCGGCAGUUUUAAACGUGGUCUCAGAGCCUAAAGAAAUUUCGUCCAUAUUAGCCAAAGAUAAUUUAUCAAAAGACCCGGACCGUUCCAGUAUAUGCAGUGAGUCAACCUUUGAUAACGACACCUCAUUAGUACAAUCGCCGAGCAUAGAAAGCUUUUCCAGUAUACACGACAUUGAAAACAUGUCCGAGCUGAAUAUGGAUGAGAACUCAGACCUUUGCGUUAAAAUUGAUAAUCCCGAAAAGCAUUUGGAGACUAUGGAGACUUAUAUUUCGUUCCGGGUUACUACAAGGGCAGCCAGGAUCGAGUUUUCUGAUCACGAGUACGUGGUUCGGAGGAGGUAUAAUGAUUUUUUGUGGUUGAGGCAGAAAUUACUCGAGUGUCAUCCUUUUUGUAUUGUUCCACCAUUACCUGCAAAACACUCAUUAAUUGGCCAGCUAGAUAGAUACUCCAAGGACUUUAUACUUUCCAGAAUGAAAUCAUUAAAUGUUUUUAUAUUGCGAAUAUGCCAACAUCCGAUUUUAAGUUGUAAUGAAAAUUUUAAAAUAUUUUUGACUGCAACACAACCAGACUUUACCACCUUUAGAAAAAAGCGGAGCUCAAUAUCAAAUACUAUAGCAAUCUCAAAUAAUCCAAGUUCAACGCAUUCCCUAUUGAAAAACCGUCAUAUUGAAUUUGAUAAAAUGAGAACUUACCUGAUUAAUUUAACAGAUAAAUUACUAUCAGUUGAAAAAAUAUCCAACCGAAUAAACAAGGAACGAAACGAUCUGAUAUCAGAAAUAAACAAUUUCCAUCCGAUUUUUACCAAAUGGGCCAGUUUCGAGCCUCAGCUGUGCACCACUUUGGAAAAUUUGGGUAAUGCUUUGGAACGCAGUUCAGCAGCUCAGAGUGCACUAGUCCAUAGUUAUAAUAACAGCAUGGUGGUGCCUAUUAAAGAUUUCGUGCAAUACAUUGAGGUGGUUCAAGAAGCUCUUAGGAAAAGGGAGUCACAUCAGUAUGCUUAUGAGACGUCUUUGGAGGAGUUGAAUAAAAGACACAGUGAAAAAGAUAAACUACUAGCAAUUUCCCAAGACCAGCCUCAAAACUCAGGAGGCUUUGUACUAUGGAAACAGCCCAGUUACGAUGAAAAACUUGAAAAACUAGGCACUCACAUUCCGCAGCUGGUAAAAAAAGUCGAAUCCUCUCAAGAUCAUUUGGAAAUGGCCAACGAGUGUUUACGCAGCGACUUGCAAGGCUGGCAGCUGGAAAAACGUCAAUGUAUUAAGAAAAUCCUUUUGGAUUUCGUCAAUAAACAAAUCAAUUAUUAUCAAGCUAGCGUUAAUGCUUGGGAGCAUGUGACCAAUGAAAUGAUAAGUGAAAAUGCUGCUAGGAAAAGUACAAAUACCAAAUGA